GUGGCUCUCGCGAUAGGAUAGGCGACACGCCCACUCCCACGCCGCCGGCCACUCCGGCCGCGGCGGCCACCAUGCCCCGCCCCCUGGGUGCCCCUCUCGACUCUGGAGGUGCGCGAGGUGCGGCGACUGCGAGAGACGCCCCAGCGGCAGCCAUGGCUGCGGAGGCGGCCUUCUCGGCUCCCCUUCCCGUCCUUCCCUUCCCCUUGCCUGCGCCGACCGCCACUCCGGCGCCGGCGGACAACUCCAAGUCCUCCAGCCCCUUGCUUGGCGGCUCGCCGAACCCGCCCCCUACGUCGGUAUUGCCGACGCCCGCGUCUUCUCGCACCGGUGGUUCUGAGCUUCCCUCGGAGCCGCUCGUGUCCGCCACCACGCCCGAGCAGCUUACUCUGGCGACCGCCUUCCGUCGCGGUUUACUCGCAAAAUCACGGCCGGAUUUCCUCGUGCGCCGGCCAGAUCCUUCGUCGGCGCCGUUCAUGUUCACUCCCGGCGACGCGCUGCUGCACUACGUCCUCGAAAACUUCUCUUCGCCGGUCUUCACCCCCGUCGCCCCGGGCUCGACCAAGUCUUCUCCGACGCAGAAAUGGAGAAGGAUGACAUGGAGGAGGACGAAGCUCAAGACGUUGAAGAAGAGGAUGCAAUGAGGUUGGAAUGGCUACAAGACUUGUUUGCAGCGGCAGACAGAUAUGACCUCGAGCAGCUCAAGUUCAUAUGUGAAAAGCACUUGUCCGAGGAGGUACGCGUGAGCUCGGUGGGGUCCACUCUUGCUCUGACCGAGCGACACCAUUGUCACGGUUUGAAAGAGGCAUGUUUGAGGUUCAUCCAAGCCCAAUCCCUCUCAUGCCUGCAAAGAAUAAUGGAAACUAAUGGCUGGAAGUAUUUGACCAGGACUAAUCCCUCUGUUUUGAACGAGCUCAUUACCAAGCUUGCUUCGAACCAAAGCAAAUAGCACUCUAUAUAUGGUACGCAUGAAUCCUUAGAGCUAGAUGAGAGAGAUUGUGUGUGCGUGCGUGUGUGUGUGAUCCUAUAUAGUUACAUGUCUUGAUUUUGUCUCAUCGUGUAAUUUGCAUAUAUGCUCCUGAAUCAACAAGAUCCAACUCAUGGGCAAAUUGUCUCUCCAUGAAAUGGAUGGUCUAUUAACUCGA